AUGCUUUCUGUAAUAAAAUCUGAACUUGUGAAAUAUGGAGAGAACACGUCAAUAAAAGGGAUACCAAAGAUUUUAAAGUCCAAGGAUAUCUUUCUCAAAGGACUCUGGUUUCUUUUCUUCUUGGCGUCAACUGUUUUGUUGGCCUACCUGCUUCAAAGGUUGUUCACCAAUUAUUAUUCCUGGCCGGUGACCACGAAAUACGGAGAAAAUAGGAAACAAACUAUGUCAUUUCCUGACAUAACAGUUUGCAAUUUAGAUAUUUUUGCAGAAGGCGAACCAGAAGAGUUGAGUAUGAAGGAUUACUUGUCUUUUGUGAACUCAACUAAAAAUGAUCAAUUUGAAAAUAUAAUAAAACUGUCUACAGAAUAUAACAUGGAAAUGAAAUAUGUAAGUGACAUUUUGGAAGAACUCGAUUCAUUGUCAGGUUAUAUAAUGAAUUUAAAAAAAAAUCGACCAAAAUCUGUUGAUUGUCCGGAUUUCAUCGUUGACUGCACGUUGUUUGGAACGGAUUGGUUUGAAGCUAAAGAAGCAUGUUCUGUCGAUAAUUUCACAAGAGUUUGGAAUAUAGAUUAUUAUACUUGCUAUACGUUGAAAGUGGACAACUUAAAACUGACCAACUUCAAUGUGAUGAGGGGUAUAAGUUUGUUACUUAACAUAGGCCCGCCAAAUUUCAUUCAGUUACCCUUCCGGCAUUCACUCACAAGUUCUCAAGCUAGAGGAGUGCAGGUGAGUGUGCACAGUGCUGGCACUCCCCCUGACCUCAAACGUGGCUUCAAUGUCGCUCAUGGCACUGAAAACAUAGUGGAAAUCGUUCAGACAAAAACUUUGCGUUUGGAUGAACCCUAUAAUAUAAUGGGAUGUACUAACAAAGAAGCAAUGCCCUAUUCCAACUCGGGUAAUUAUUCAUCAGAUUUGUGCAUUGAAUACUGCCAGCAACACAAAAUCUCGGAGGAAUGUGGAUGCAUGACACAUCUGCUGAACGUGCCUGAAUCUGAUAAUACGGAGUUGUGUGGCAAUUUCAGUCUUGGCGAAACUACUACAGAUGCAACUAAAAAUGAUACAACAUAUGAUUCCCUUUCUAGAUUGAUUUGUUCCGUAAACCAUUUAGAUCACCUGAUUGAACUAGAUGAAAGUUGUGUGAAUGAAUGCCAAUUAUCAUGUUCGGAAUCCGACUACGAUUCUUACCUGACAUCUGCAAGAUGGCCUCAACCUUCUUUGGAACUUGACAUAUUCAAGAAAUUUUUAAUUGAAACCGAUUGUUUUAAAAAUUAUCCUAAAGUGAGGGCAAGAUACGAUAACUAUUUAAAAUUUUCAGAAGAGUAUGCCCGCAACCAAAAUGUUGAAUUUUUUGAUUCCAACUUGACGCAAAUUCGAAAUUCUUUUCUUCUUAUAAAGUUUGUAAUGAAGCAAAACUUUCCUUAUUAUCAAUCGGAGGGUCCCGUGUACAAGUGGGAUAUGAUGAUAGGAACAGUGGGAGGAAUGUUUUCCCUUUGGCUAGGAAUAACUGUUGCCAAUGGCGUGGAGAUCAUAGAACUGGUCUACUCAAUGCUAAAGAAAUGCUGGAAAAACAAAAAUUCCGUCAAAGUUUUGAAAGAAAAUAAUACCAGUGUUGAAAACUUCAAAGAAAACCAACAAAUUGAUGCACAAGAUUUACAGAUUAGUCAAAUAUCUACAAAAAUUAACUAA